CCCCAGAAAAAUUCCGGUCCUCCUCCGCUUCCCGACCGAAGCACCAGUCUCAUCCUCCAUACAUUUCAUCGUCAGCCCCCUUCCUUGCCCUUCACAUCCAUCUCCCCUCCAUCGCAGCACACAUCAAGCUCCGUCACAAUGGCCUCGAGAAGCUUCUCCAAGACCCUGCGCGCCAAUUUGGCCCGCCAAUUGGCCUCGCCUCGCGUCCAGCAGCGCUCAUACAUUGCUGGCCGCAACCUGGCCCGCGCCACCGCCGCUGUCGCUCGCCCGGCCCUCGCUGCCCAGCAGGUCCGCGGCGUAAAGACCAUGGACUUUGCCGGUUCCAAGGAGGACGUCUACGAGCGUGCCGACUGGCCUCAGGAGAAGCUCUUGGAUUACUUCAAGAACGACACCCUGGCCCUCAUCGGCUACGGCUCCCAGGGCCAUGGCCAGGGCCUGAACCUCCGCGAUAACGGCCUCAACGUCAUCGUUGGUGUCCGGAAGAACGGCAAGUCGUGGAAGGACGCCGAGCAAGACGGCUGGGUUGCCGGCAAGAACCUCUUCGACGUCGAUGAGGCCAUCUCCCGCGGCACCAUCGUCAUGAACCUGCUCUCGGACGCAGCCCAGUCUGAGACGUGGCCUGCCAUCAAGCCGCAGCUGACCAAGGGCAAGACCCUGUACUUCUCCCAUGGCUUCUCGCCCGUCUUCAAGGACCUCACCAAGGUCGAGGUCCCCAAGGACAUUGAUGUCAUCCUCUGCGCCCCCAAGGGCUCCGGCCGCACCGUCCGCUCGCUUUUUCGCGAGGGCCGCGGAAUCAACUCGUCCUUCGCCGUCUACCAAGACGUGACCGGCAAGGCCGAGGAGAAGGCCAUUGCUCUGGGCGUUGCCAUCGGCUCUGGCUACCUGUACAAGACCACUUUCGAGAAGGAGGUGUACUCUGACCUGUAUGGCGAGCGCGGCUGCCUGAUGGGCGGUAUCCACGGCAUGUUCCUGGCCCAGUAUGAGGUGCUCCGCGAGCGCGGCCACAGCCCCAGCGAGGCCUUCAACGAGACGGUCGAGGAGGCUACGCAGAGCCUGUACCCCCUCAUCGGCGCCAACGGCAUGGACUGGAUGUUCGAGGCGUGCUCGACCACGGCUCGCCGUGGCGCCAUCGACUGGACGCCCAAGUUCAAGGAUGCGCUGAAGCCCGUCUUCAACAGCCUGUACGACAGCGUCAAGGACGGCUCCGAGACGAAGCGCUCGCUCGAAUACAACGGCCGGAAGGACUACCGUGAGCUGUACGAGGCGGAGAUGGAGGAGAUCCGCAACCUGGAGAUCUGGAGGGCUGGCAAGGCCGUCCGGUAAGUUUUACCCAAAUUAACUCCACCGCACGUGGUUACCCGCGCGGCUUGUCAAGAACGCGCCCUUUACUGACAUGCAUGACUUUGCAGCUCCCUCCGACCCGAGAACCAAAAAUAAGAGGCGGCUUGGCGGUGCGACUGGACGCUGGGAGUCUCGGGAUGGCUUUGAUCGAUUUCAAAAACUCCAUUGUACCUUCUGUGUUUGCCUACUCUAGAAUCUUGCGGGUUGGGACGGCCGGACAUGCGGCCCCGGGUGCGGCCGACAUGGGCUCUAUGAUACCGCAAAAAGUGAAUGGAAUCUUGAACACCUGG